GCCUUGGGUCAGGGGGCCGCGGAGAGCCUUCAGCCUUUGUGUCCUUCUCUGCGACGGAGCGUCCACGUCUGAGCCCUCGGCUCUCGGAGCUCAGCUCGGGCUGCCGCUGUCACCGCCAGGGUGUCAGCCUCUCACUCAGAGGGACACAGAGGCCACGAUGGCCAGUUCUGCUGGCCUGCUGCUGCUGCUGCUGCUGCUGCUGCUGCUGUCAAUCCAGUCCUGGGCGGAGAUCACCACUGACCCGGAGGCCGUGGUCUGCGCGGGGGCUGCCUGCUACACGGCCCACAGGCACAAGCUGAAUGCAGAGGAUGCCCAGCUCCAUUGCAGCAAGAAAGGGGGCAAUCUGGCCACGGUGAAGAGUGAGGAGGAGGCCCAGCACAUCCAGGGUGCCCUGACCCAGCUCCUGCUGCUGGGGGCGCCCCUGCCAGAACGCCAGAACAAAUUCUGGAUUGGGCUCCAGCGAGAGAAGGGCACUUGCUCGGACAGCAGCCUGCCCCUGAAAGGCUUCAGCUGGCUGGGCGAUGGGGAGGCCUCGCAGUACAACAACUGGUACAAAGAGGUUAAGAACACCUGCAUUCAGAGGCGCUGCGUGUCCCUGAUUCUGGACCUGUCUGUGCCGGGCCUGGCCAGCAGCCUCUCCAAGUGGGUCGAUGGUCCUUGUGGGCAAUCCGGGUUUCCUGGGAGCAACAUCGAGGGCUUUGUGUGCAAGUUCAGCUUCAAAGGCAUGUGCCGGCCGCUGACCCUGGGGGGCCCGGGUCAGGUGAACUACACGACCCCUUUCCAGGCCACCAGCUCCUCCCUGCAGGCCGUGCCCUUUGCCUCGAUGGCCAGUGUGGCCUGUGAGGACGGGGAUGAGGGCAGGCCGCACUACUUCCUGUGCAAGGAGAAGGCCCCCAGCGUGUUUGACUGGGACAGCUCAGGGCCCCUCUGUGUGAGCCCCAAGUUCAGCUGUGACUUCAACAAUGGAGGCUGCCAGCAGGACUGCUUCGAGGGCGGGGAUGGCUCCUUCCGAUGCGGCUGCCGGCCGGGGUUCCGGCUGCUGGACGACCUGGUCAGUUGCGCCUCUCGGAACCCUUGCAGCUCCAGCCCGUGCGGAGGGGAGGCCACGUGCUUCCCCGGGUCCCUCGGAACAGACUUCACAUGCCACUGUCCCCCAGGCUACCAGCUGGACUCGACUCAGCGAGACUGCGUGGAUGUGGACGAGUGCCAGGACAACCCCUGCGCCCAGGACUGUGUCAACACCCCUGGGAGCUUCCGCUGUGAGUGCUGGGUGGGCUUUGAGCCUGGUGGCCCCGAAGAGGGGGCCUGCGUGGAUGUGGAUGAGUGUGCCCCUGGCCACUCACCCUGCGCCCAGAGCUGCACCAACACCGAGGGCUCCUUCUAUUGCUCCUGCGAGGAGGGCUACGAGCUGGCUGGGGAGGAUGGCACCCAGUGCCUGGACGUGGACGAGUGUGAGGUCCAGCAGGGUGGCCUCUGCGACAGCCUGUGCUUCAAUACGGAGGGGUCCUUCCGCUGUGGCUGCCUGCCGGGCUGGGAGCUGGACACCAACGGCGUCUCCUGCACUGGGGGGCCCACAUCGUUGGGGCCACCGAGCAGGUCUCCCCUUGGGGAAGACACGGGAAAUGGAGAUGAGGGGCUCCAGUCUUCUGCCACUGUGCCCAGUCCCAGCGGGGACAACCCUGAGGCUACCUCUACGGUGGCGCCCUCCAACAGGAGACCCUCCCUCCCAGCUAGGGUCCCCAUCUCCCUGCCUCCACCGGAGAUGCUGGCCCCCAGUGAGACGCCUGGGGUCUGGAUGGAGCCCAGCACCCAUCACCCCACAGCCACCACCGGCCACAGGGAGUCCGCAGGCGAGGAUUUCACAGCCAAGCAGAGUGACCAGGGCACGGACGGACAGCAGCUGCUCUUAUUCUACAUUCUUGGCACCGUCGUGGCCAUCCUGCUCCUGCUAGCUCUGGCCCUAGGGCUGCUGGUCUGUCGCAAGCGCAGGGCCAAGAGGGAGGAGAAGAAGCAGCAGCCGCAGAGUGCCGCAGACAGCUACGCCUGGGUCCCCGAGCGGGCUGAAAGCAGAGCCACGGAGAACCCCUACAGUCCGACGCCAGGGACAGACUGCUGAUGCUGACGAGGCCCCUGGAUACUGGCAGCGACCACCACCCUCGGAGCCAGGAGACCUUUGAAAGCAGGACCCCCAUCCUCCUGGAAGACUAGACUGGAAUCCUAGCAAGUAGUUGUCAACCUUCUCUUUAAAUGCCUGGCAGCUUGAACUGUGCAGGUAUCACACGUGUGUAGUGUGGAAGCAGGGGAGGGUCAGGUGUCAUUUCAGGAAUUUCAUGCGUGUUAACAAUUCUCCUUCCCUUUCCUGUUGAAAUUCAAAUGUGAUUGAGUUCAUGUAACCCCUGACUCUGGAUCAGACUUGGCAUGUCAGGUGCUAACAGGCUCUGUUUGAACUGUUUCUCUGCCCGCAUACGCCUCUAUUAAGAGGACGCUAAUCAGGGCAAAUUUGGACUGAAAUGAUUUGUGCCUUCUGGUGUGAUGAAGCCUGAGUCUAUCAGUUGUCUGAUUAUGUAAGAAGCUCUGUUUCUGACAGAGGGAACGUGUUCAGGCUGGAGACAUAUGUUUUCCAUUCUUGCAUUUCCAUCCACUUAGGCGGCAGAGGCAGGGCGUUUAGAAAUCACAUCUCUCUAGCUCUUCGGGUUCUAACUGUCUUCAGUGUAUUUGCAAAUGAAAUCUGAACAAUGUCGGGAAAAUUGUACCAAGCGAGUAAACAGUGACUCUGGAAACUAGGGUUAGAAGGCAGGGUUUGUUUCAAAACUAUGUGAGUCAAUUUAUCUCAAUAAAUGUUUCCAUGUUC